AUGAUGAUUUACUUGCCAACCUCUCGAAGAUAUCUGUGGUCUCUGAGGAAGGAACAAGACACGACACUCGAAGUUUUCAACGAAAGGGAGUACGAUCGCGCUUUUCGCCAACGACGUCCUGCACCACCUGCAUCGAACUACAAGACUAAAAUGUGCAUGACCUAUGCGUCUGGAAGACAGUGUGAAAUGGGUAGCCGUUGCAAAUUUGCGCAUGGACCAGAGGAACUUCGAGUAGCCGAGACACAGCCACAGCGUCAGCUGAAUUCACGAUACAAAACAAAACUGUGUAAAAAUUUUGGCCCCUAUUCGUCCAACUAUUGCCCAUACGGACUUCGUUGCGAAUUUAUUCAUCCCACCGACAAAGAAUAUGCAUUGCUGUGCUCUCGUCAAGGUCGUAAUCCAGCAGCCAACGGAAAUGGUCCACAGCAUGUGGGUGACGUCACUCCGGAAACUGUAUCUGAAGCACCACCGGCAGUAACACGAAGUGCUGCAAAACCGGCCGUGGAGGAGAUUCUGCUGAAGAAUAGAAAUAUAGCUGGGUCAAUGGUGUGUUUGGCAACAGCUGGACGACGUGAACAAGCUUAUGAUGAUAGUGCAAUCGGAUCUGGAUCAUCGGAUUGUGGAGCGUCUCUGGCACAUGCGAAGGCAUUGGCAAAGUCAGUCAAUAUUCUAGCACGUGACAGUGGUAACGUUCCGGUUCCCAUAAAGUUCCUUAGAAGGAGAUCUAUGUCGCAGUUUACACUGAAACGGUUCAACUCAAGUGAGCAUCUUGACAUAGCUGCAUCCUGCUCGCAGCUCGCUGCCAUUGAGCAUCGUACGCCGAUCUCUAUGUUUUCUCCCCUGAAAUAAUGUUCAAAGUUCACAUUCUUGCAUUUUUCAGAAUUCUAUCAGCCUGUGCAUUACUGUUUUCGAUUCAUAGUCUAUUACAGAUUGUCUAGCCCCUUUAGCCCUUUACACUUUUCUAACACCACCCUUGUCUUUGCAUGGCAUCGCAAUUUUUCUCCGGUUCCAUAGUAUCUUAGCUUGCUGUAAUUUGACUCUUUCUUUACCUCACCUAAUCCACUUCACUUGGCACUUCUUCAAUCUGUCCGCCUUGUCAAAUUUUUUCAGUGCCCAGUUUUUUCAAUGCUUGUGAUAUCGUUCGCUCACGGGCUGAUUUCCUAUUUUUGUAAUUUCUAUAUGUGCCCUCAUCAUAU